AUGGCACAGGCGGUGGGCACGGCGAGCCUCCGGGGUCCCGGGCGGCCCUGCCCCUUUUCCAUCGAGCACAUCCUCGCCAGCCGGCCCGAGGGCAGCAGCACACCGAGUCCGAGCCGGGCCGCACGGCCACCAACGCAGCCCACCGGCCCGCAGAGCCCCGCGCCGCUGCCAGGGGAGCCCGGCACGCCGGAGGCUGCGCCCUGCGCCUGCUGCUGCUGCUGCGGUCCCCGCGGGCCCCCGGAGCCAGUCGCAGGGCUAGGAUCGCGCCUGCCGUGGGCGCUCAGGCUGGGACCCGCCGCUGCGCCUUUGCGCUUGGCACCGCCGCCUCCGAUACCGGCGCCCCCGGGGGGCGGCUCUGGGACGCUGCCCAGCUCCGGGGGUCCCGGCCCGCAAAGACGCACCCGGCGUCAUCGCACCAUCUUCAGCGAGGAGCAGCUGCAAGCUCUGGAGGCGCUCUUCGUGCAGAACCAGUACCCCGACGUGGGCACGCGGGAGCGCCUGGCAGGCCGCAUCCGUCUGCGCGAGGAGCGCGUGGAGGUCUGGUUCAAGAACCGCCGGGCCAAGUGGCGACAUCAGAAGCGCGCAUCCGCGUCCACCAGGUUCCUGCACGGGGCCAAGAAACUCCCCAAAGACAGCUGCUGA